GUAAACACUUUAACUCGAGCCUAAACACACGAUGAUUGUUAACUUUGCAUCAGCAAUCAUGGAUGAUGGUAAAAAAAUCAAACUAUUCGUUGCCUCAUUGGUAUUACUUGCGGCUUUUGCUCCAAUAAGUGAAUCAGCAAAUAUUCUUGGAAUAUUCACUACAACCAGUCCUUCGCACAAUAUUGUUCAUAUGUCCUAUCUUAGGCCAUUGAUUGAACGAGGACAUAAUGUAACAGUAGUAACAUCAAUUCCUCUCAAGGACAAGAAUCCCAAGUAUCAUCACAUCCUAAUUCCUCCCACUGAGGCCAGAACUAAACAAAUGGCCGAUAUGAAAGCCGCUGUCAGUAAAAAACGGAGUUUGUUGGAAUUAAUUCGGACAAGUCUUGAGAGCGUUUCAUCGUUUGGUCCUAUGCUCGCUGAUCAUCUCAAGGAUCAACGCUUUCAGGAUCUUAUGCAAAAUCCUGAUAACAAAUUCGAUCUGAUCGUAGGAGGAUACUUCUUCAAUCCGUUCUACGUUGGACUUGCAGCACACUUCAGGUGUCCUAUGGUUUUAAGUUAUGCCAAUGCACCGAAUAGUUUAACGAACAGUUUCAUUGGAAACCCAAACGAACUGGCUUAUGUACCUCUUUCACCGCUAUUUGGACUGCCAGAUUUGUCAACUUUCAAGGGCAGACUUACCAACUUUAUGAUCAACAUUCCGGUGAGCGUUUUCAAUGGCUUGAUGGAUAUGCAAAUGGAAGGAAUAUACAAUGAAAUAUUUUCUCCAACGGAAUAUCCUUCAUAUCACGAGGCUAAAAAGAAGGUUUCGUUAAUUAUGUUCAACUAUCACUUCACCGAUGGAAUAGUCCGGCCAAAUGUUCCAGCAGCUAUUGAAUGUGGAGGAAUCCAAAUUAAGGACAAGCCAGAUCCUCUUCCAGAAAACCUUCAAAAAUUGUUCAAUGCUUCUUCAGAGCAUGGAGUUAUCUAUGUUAGCUUUGGGUCUAACUUGGGAAUCAACGACAUCAACCCUGAUGUUGUUAAUGCACUUUUUAAGGCACUUUCUGGUCUUAAGCAAACAGUUCUCUGGAAAUGGUCGGACCCGAAAACACCAGGUACUGCUUCAAAUAUCCACUACAACAGUUGGCUACCGCAAGAUGAUCUCCUGCAACACCCGAAUUUAAAGCUUUUCAUCACCCAUGCUGGCAAGGGAGGAGUUACUGAAGCUGCAUAUCAUGGAGUUCCUAUGGUAGCUGUACCAAUGAUAGCGGAUCAAAUUGGAAAUGCUGCUCAAAUGGUUAAAGAUGGCUUUGGGCUACAAGUUGAUAAGAAAACAGUCACUGAGGAUCAAUUUAAAGAAGCAAUCCUUGAAGUCCUCACAAAUCCCCAGUACACAGAAAAUGUCAGACGAUUUUCAAAACUUACCAAAGAUAGACCAAUGACUCCUAGAGAAACAGCAGUCUUUUGGCUGGAAUAUGUUAUUAGGCAUAAAGGAGCUUAUCAUAUGCAAAGUCCUGCGGUACAUUUGAAUACUUUCCAGUUGUAUAGCUUCGAUGUCAUUGCUUUUAUAUUGCUGAUACUGUUCUUAGUAUAUAAGUUAGUUAGUGUCCCAUUGAUAUUUGUGUUUAGAAGACUCAUUGCUAAGUUUACAAAAGUUCAAAAAAUCAAGAAACAUUGAGAAUCAACAAAAAAAAUUUAUGAAAAAAACUGCGUGCUCAUUUUGAUAAUUUGAGUCAAUUUGUGAUAUUAUAUUUUUGGAAGAAGUACAUUUUUCGUUUGAAAUAAUUUUACGAUAAGAUAAUGGAUUAUUAAGUAAGGUAUCUGGGAAUAUAAUUGAUCUUGUUUAAUGAAGAAUUUAAUGUUAAGAACUUGGAAUUUGAAAUACAAACGUUUGAUACGAAG